GCCCGCACUAACACGACUCAGUGACUAACUCACAAAUUUCGCUCUCAAAUUUUCUGUCCAAUCAAAUCUCAGUCUCUCUUCACCGCCGUCGUACGCUACAUCCGCCGCCGCAGAUCGCCAUUCCUCUUCUGGUUAUAGACUGCAAUGGACAUCGUUAAAGAAUCGGCGAAAGAACUAAACGACGUCGGAUUGCGCAUUCUGAAGCGACUACUCGAGACGGAAGGCAAAGAAUCGAACCUCGUGUUCUCUCCUUUGUCGAUCAACAUUAUGCUCUGCCUCCUCGCCGCCGGAAUUUCGAAGGGCCAACCGCUCGACGAUUUGCUUUCCUUCCUAAAAUUCAACUCCAUGGAUCAACUCAACUCCUUCGUGUCCAAGAUUAUCGCCUUCAUCUUCGCCGAUCAUUCCGCCACCGACGGACCCUGCGUCACCACCGCGAACGGCGUCUGGAUUUCCGACGAUCUUCCUCUCAAGCCCUCGUUUCAGAACAUUCUGGAGACUCUGUACAGAGGCAAAUUGUAUCAAGUCGAUUUCGUGAACAAGUCGGCUGAAGUGGUGGAAGAGGCGAAUUCUUGGGUGGAAAAGGAGACCAGAGGACUCAUCCCCCAAAUCUUCACCAAAGAUACGGUAAAUGAAUAUAGCAGAAUGAUUUUAGCAAAUACAGUGUACUUCAAAGCGGCGUGGUUGUAUCAAUUCUAUGAAGAAGCAACGAAGAAGGAGGAAUUCCACCUUUUGAAUGGCGGAUCUGUGGAAGUUCCUUUCAUGCGUAGCAGUGACAACCACGUGGUUGCUGUUUUCGACGGCUUCAAAGUCGCAUCGCUUUGUUACUACGAAGAAGACGACGAACGCCGUUUCUCAAUGKACAUCUUUCUCCCCGACGCUCACGAUGGAUUGCCUUGGUUACUCCAGAGAGCCUUCUCCGAGUCCGGAUUCCUCGAUCGCCAUAGCCCGCGUCAUUCUUCCUUGGAGGUUGAAAAAUUCAAAAUUCCAAAGUUCGAUCUCGAGUUGCAAUUUAGCGUGGCGGAGAUUCGGGAGGAUUUAGGGCUCGAGUCGCUGUUUUCGAUCGGGUCGGGUUUUACGGAGAUGGUGGAGGAUCCGGAGGRGAAACUACUGUAUGUUUCGAAUAUGGUCCAUAAAGCGAAGAUUAUCGUCGACGAAAAGGGGACGGAGGCCGCGGCGGUGACGGCGUGCGAAAUGUGUGGUUGCUGCCUGGACAUGAAACCGCCGGUGAAGGUGAAUUUCUUGGCGGAUCAUCCUUUUUUGUUUCUUAUCAGAGAGAACGUUACAGGAACUAUUCUGUUCAUCGGCCAGGUGCUUGAUCCUUCCCUCCACUAAUCUAAUUACUUUUCUUUUUCCCUUUUUGGUAAGAAAUACUCUUCUGUUCGUUUAUUUUUCUUGAACCGAUGUCUAGGAGUGGACAAAAGUUAUUGAACUCGACUUUAUUAUAUACAAAAUUACAAAUUUAUAACCUAU